AAAGCCAUUACAAUGGUGAGCCCAAGCAUGGCCAAAGGAAAAUCAAGGAAUAUCAAGGUAUAAGGCCAGUAGCGAUGUCAUUAGUGCAGUGCCCGCCUACUAGAUACACCCUCCGCAGUAUAUUUCACUGGCUCCUCAGUUCCACCGUAGACGGGCCUACAGUGGUCUGUGCCUGUCUUUGCGCAUGAGGUGUCCGUGCGCUUGCCCAGGUCACAUGACAACAUCAUGUAUGAGGCAAUCUUUACCCCUGACUGUGUUUCGCUCGACUCCCUUCUUUGAUCAGCUUGCUUUUUGUAUUGCAGGCAGAGAUAUGGUCCGUGCGAGAAAGCCAGCUACGAAGACAUCGCCUAGGAGGACGACUGGAAGGCCCCCUCAACCCAAGCAUCCUUCGUGGACAGAGAUGAUUACGGAAUGCAUCAUCACGACUCCGGACGGGACGCAGAACGGUGUAUCUAGACCUGCUCUUAAAAAGUUCGUCGAGUUUAAUUAUCAGCUGGCUAUGAGCGCCACAACGACGAACCAACUCAACCGUGCUAUUACUGCGGGGACAGAAAAGGGUAACUUCGUCCUCCCGAAAGGUCCAUCUGGAAAAGUGAAAUUAGCACCUGAAAGAAUGAAAGGGACAUCGAAAGAGAAUGCGAAACCAGCUUCCAAGCAGGCUCCCUCUGCCAAAGGUUGCGGCUGCUCCACUUGCGAAGAAGACGGCCACCACGACGAAAAAGUAUACAUCCAGGGCGAAGAGAGGAAGGACGACAUCCACCAGUACGGCCGGUCGGAAAGUGGUCAAGAAACCUUCAACAAGGCGUGCCGUAGCAAAGAAGGGUAUAACGAGGGCUUCGCGAUCCACAGGUGCGAGGGAAAACGCGAACUGUAUCUCCCUCGAAGAGCAGGAAAAGAGCAGGUGCGAAAUAAGGUGGAUGCAUUCUACAAUUUUCAGGUCCAAGGUUCAUUUCACCAGUACUGUUCCCUUGUAAGAUUGAUGUACACGUAUCUCUCGUUUAGGGGUGCUGUCCCACCUUGCACUGACACUUGUAUUAAUAGCCUCAC